CCCAAACAUCUCUCACACUGUCUGUAGCUCUCACUUCCCCCACUCUCUCCCUCUCUUCACUGUUCCUCUUCUUCCGAUUUUCUCUCUCCUAGGGUUUGGUUUUUUUUCUUUCUUUCUUUCUCUGGUGUGAUGGCGUCGACGUCGGGAUUGAAAGCGGAAGCAAGCGGAGGGGAGACUUCUGAGACGGUAAUGGCGAAUGAUCAGCUGUUACUGUACAAGGGAUUGAAGAAGGCGAAGAAGGAGAGAGGUUGCACCGCUAAAGAGCGCAUCAGUAAGAUGCCGCCUUGCACUGCUGGUAAACGAAGCUCCAUCUACCGUGGUGUCACCAGGCAUAGAUGGACCGGCCGUUACGAAGCUCAUCUUUGGGAUAAAAGUACAUGGAAUCAAAAUCAGAAUAAGAAAGGGAAGCAAGUUUACUUGGGAGCAUAUGAUGAUGAAGAGGCUGCAGCUAGAGCUUAUGAUCUUGCUGCUUUAAAAUACUGGGGUCCUGGGACACUAAUUAACUUUCCAGUUACCGACUAUGCCAGAGAUCUUGAAGAGAUGCAAAAUGUUUCCAGGGAGGAUUACCUUGCAACUCUCAGAAGAAAAAGCAGUGGUUUCUCAAGAGGAAUCUCUAAAUAUCGUGGUCUUUCCAGUAGUCGGUGGGACUCGUCAUUUGGUCGUGUGGCUGGCUCUCAGUACUUCAAUAGCAUACACUAUGGUGAUGAUCCAACAGCAGAAAGUGACUUUUUAGGUAGUUUCCCCAUGGAGAGAAGGAUUGAUUUAACAAAUUACAUAAAGUGGUGGGGAGGCAAUAAAGCUCGUCAAGCAGAACCUGCAAAAUCAUCAGAAGAAACAAAACAUGGUUGCCCAGAAGACAUUGGUAAUGAACUUAAAAUAUCAGAGUGGGGAACAAAGCCAACUGAACCAUACCAGAUGCCCUGUCUUGGCACCUCCCUUGAAGGAAAGAAACAUAAAGGGUCCUCUGUCUCUGCCUUGAGUAUAUUGUCCCAGUCUGCUGCCUACAAGAGCUUGCAAGAGAAAGCAUCGAAAAAGCAAGAAAACAACAAUGAGAAUGAUGAGAAUGAAAAUAAAAAUACAAUAAACAAGAUGGACCAUGGCAAAGCAGCAGAGAAACAAGUCAGUCAUGACAGUGGGAGUGAUAGACUUGGAGCCACACUGGGGAUGAGUGGUGGGUUGUCUCUUCAGAGAAACAUGUUCCCCUUGACUCCCUUCUUGUCCGCCCCGCUUGUUACCAACUACAAUACCAUUGACCCUAUGAUGGACCCCAUCCUUUGGACAUCUCUUGCUCCCGUGCUUUCUACUGGACCAUCUCGGAAUUCAGAGGUUACGAAGACAGAGACCAGUUCAACAUACACCUUGUUUCGGCCAGAGGAAUGAUUGGCAAGUUCAACCCAAUGAAAAGUCCAGAAAUUUUGAUUGGUUUCUACUGUUGGAUGCUUUAGCAGGCUGAAGAUCGAGCAAAAGUGAAGGGUGAGCAGCCAAGUUUGUCUGGAGAAAUUAGAAUCAUGCUUCUUGCUUAUUUUCACAGGCUUGUCUUUGUCAGUUAAGAAAAUAGAACUGAUAACACGUUACUGUACAUUAAUGAGAUGAGAGCUAAAGGUAUGUGUGAUAAUGUAUAGUAGCUUUAUGCCAAGAAUGGGAUGAGAAGAUUUAGUUAUUUGUUUUAUUUGAGUAAUAAACAGGAUGUAAUCUUCCCUAAUAUCUUUUGUAAAUAGAAGUGUGGAGCUAAAGGUAUGUGUGAUAAUGUAUAGUAGCUUGUUCAUUCUGCCUUGUCAUUUUUUAA